AUGUUUUAUAUUGGGCUAUUCAAUUUCUUGAGGACACAAAAAGUGCAAGGCGUGCUUGCUUUGAUAUGCCUCAUUACUUUUCCAUUUGUGGUGCCAUUGACAUCGAUAUUGUCUCUUAGCAAAUACCAGCAUCAUCCGAGGAAGGUUUUCCAAUGUGGUGUCAACGCAUUGCCGGGCCAGGAGAUAUGCCCACAGGGCAUGUGCUGUUCUCGAUAUGGAUUCUGUGGUACGACGAAAGAAUACUGCGGCCUCGGAUGUCAAAACAAUUGUAAGAAAAGAGCAAAAUCAAAAAUUUCCUCCCCUUGUCCAGGAGCAAUGACUCGAUCAAUUGCAUACUACGAAAGCUGGGCAAGUCAUCGCGUCUGUAACAAUUAUAUGCCAUCCGACAUCGAUCCGACACCAUAUACACACAUCAACUUUGCCUUUGCCCUAAUCGACAACGACGGAGAAGUCAUGCUUUCUCUCUCCAAUGAUACCAUAUUGUUCGAUCAAUUGAAAGAUGUCCGCGACAAAAGCCAGGCUGGUGAUGUCGAGUUAUGGAUUGCCGUGGGUGGAUAUGCCGUAGGAUCAGCGCCGUUCGCCAAAUUAGCUGCCACACAGCAAGGCCGUAAGACAUUCAUUGACUCGGCAUGUGCUUUUAUGGAUAAAUACGGCUUCAAGGGCAUGGAUCUUGACUGGGAGUAUCCUGCUGCCACAGAAACUGGAGGUACAACGGCAGAUACCGCAAAUAUGAUAUCACUGGUCAAGGAAUAUCGCGACAAGUGCAAGAAUAAAGGACUGAGUGUGACAGUGCCUGGGGGAACAUUUUACAUGAAAGGAUUCGAUCUCAAGGGUAUUGAGCCAUACGUCGACUGGUUGAAUCUCAUGGCAUACGAUCUUCACGGAAGCUGGGAACAGCCUACCAUCGCGGAACCACACACAAACCUCUCGGAUAUUCAGCAGUCACUACAACUUGUUUGGAACGCAGGGGUGAGUCCUGGGAAAGUUAUCCUGGGGCUUGCGGACUACGGCAAAACAUACACACUAUCCAGUGGCUUAUGCACACAGCCUGGCUGCCCUGCUACCGGUCCUGGACUACCAGGACCAUGUUCUAACGAAGCUGGAAGCUUGCAUAAUGCCGAAAUAGAAGCAGUUCUGAAAAAACAUACCGAUAUACAGCCUCAACUUGAUAAGAAGGCAGCAAUCAAAUAUUUUUCAUGGGACAAGACACAAUGGGUUUCGUACGAUGAUGAGGAGACAUGGCAACUCAAGAAGCAAUUUGCUGCAGACAAAUGUCUGGCGGGAACUUUGGAGUGGGCUGUAGAUAUGAGCGUCAUUUCGUCAAAAGACACGAAAGAUGAUCUAUAA